GGCGGCUGCCAUUCCUUGCUGAGCCUGGCCUGGGUCAGCCUUUGCUAUGACUUCCAAACAAACCAAAAGGAAAGAGGUGCACCGUAUCAACUCAGCGCACGGCUCGGACAAAUCUAAAGAUCAGUAUUUUUUUGGCAGCAACAUACAAACGGCCGUUGAGCAGAAGAGGGGGAAAUUCCCAAUCUGGCCAGAAUGGAGUGAAGCUGACAUAAAUGCAGAAAAGUGGGACGCGGGCAAAAGUGGAAAAGAAAAGGACAAAACGGGAAAAAGCCCUGUAUUUCAUUUUUUUGAAGACCCCGAAGGAAAAAUUGAAUUACCACCUUCAUUGAAAAUUUAUUCCUGGAAACGUCCACAGGAUUUUUUAAUUAAUCAGGUUCCAGUAGUUGUGAAAAAUGAAAUCCUGUUUGACUUGUUUUCGGCAAAUGAACAUUUACUCUGCAGUGAGCUGAUGAGAUGGAUUAUCAGCGAAAUCUAUGCAGUGUGGAGGAUAUUCAACGGGAGCAUUCUGAGCACUUAUCUUAAAGGGACUUCAGGGGAAGUUCCUCUUCUUGCCUGGAAGCCCUGGGAACACAUAUACUCUCUGUGCAAGGCUGUGAAGGGUCACAUGCCUCUGUUCAACAGCUAUGGAAAAUAUGUCGUGAAACUUUACUGGAUGGGUUGCUGGAGAAAGAUAACCAUUGAUGACUUUCUGCCUUUUGAUGAAGAUAACAAUCUAUUGCUUCCAUCUACGACUUGUGAAUUUGAACUCUGGCCAAUGCUUUUGUCUAAAGCUAUCAUUAAGCUGGCAAACGUUGACAUCCAUGUAGCAGAGAGGAGAGAACUAGGAGAGUUCACAGUUAUUCAUGCACUCACAGGAUGGCUACCAGAAGUCAUUCCACUGCACCCAGGAUAUAUGGACAAAGUUUGGGAGCUCUUGAAAGAAGUAUUGCCUGAAUUUAAGCUGUCAGAGGAGUCCAUCUCUGAAAGCAAAACCAUAGUGAUAGAUACCAAAUUAAAAGAAGCAGGGAAAGAAGUGAAGGAUGGGAAAGAAGUGAAAGAGGGCAAAGAAUUCAAACCUGAACCGUCAAUGACCACACUAAAAUUACUCGAGAAAAGCGAAAGAUUUCCAAAGGAGAAAGCAGAUGCAAAGGAUGUUGGGAAGAAGAGGAGUAAAGAUGGAGAAAAGGAAAAGGAAAAGGAAAAGGAAAAGGAAAAGGAAAAAUUCAAAUGGUCACUUCACGGUUCAAGACCCUCAUCAGAUGUACAGUACUCUCUGCAGUCUCUGUUGGACUGUUCUUCAGCAAUACAGUCCCCUCACCUGGUUGUGUAUGCUACCUUUACACCUCUCUAUUUGUUUGAAAAGAAGAUCUUUUCAUUAGAGAAGAUGGCCAGUUCUGCUGAGAAGCUAAGAGAGUAUGGCCUGUCCCACAUCUGCAGCCAUCCUGUGCUGGUGACCAGAACCAGGUCUUGCCCUCUCGUAGCACCACCAAAGCCACCCCCAGUGCCUCCCUGGAAACUCUUUCGUCCCCAAAAAGAAACCGUUAUAACAGACGAAGCUCAAGAAAUAAUAAUAAAGAAGCCUGAACAGUUUCUUGAGAUAUCAAGUCCGUUUUUGAAUUAUAGAAUGACUCCCUUUACAAUUCCGACAGAAACUCAUUUUGUACGAUCUUUUAUUAAGAAGGGGAUCCCUCCAGGAUCUGGUUUAUCUUCUUUUACCGAAAAUGAUGAAACUGCAACCAUUAGCCAGCCAGAUUUAAGUCAAGUGGUAGGAGCUACAUCUCAGGGUAAUAUUCCUUCACAAGUUAUACCUGGAAAAGGUAAAGAUGAAGUUACAGAUUCUGGAUUGAAUGACGCAGCCCAUACAGCUAACGGAUUUAGUUUGGAGCGAGAUUUGUUCAGCCCACCAACAGCAACACAGGAAAAGUCGCAGGAGGAAAUUAUAGCAAUAAAUACAGGUGUUUCUAAAGAAAUAUGGUUAGAUUUUGAAGACUUCUGUGUAUGCUUUCAGAAAAUAUAUAUUUUUCACAGGCCAAGUUCAUACUGCCUUAACUUUCAAAAAACAGAAUUUAAGUUCUCCGAUGAACGAGUGUCCUACUAUCUCUUUGUGGAUAGUCUAAAACCUAUUGAACUACUGGUUUGCUUUUCUGCAUUGGUACGUUGGGGAGAAUCUGGAGCUUUAACAAAAGACAGCCCCCACGUAGAGCCUGGACUGCUUACAGCUGAAACAUUUUCUUGGAAAUCGCUGAAGCCACGCAAUCUCGUUCUGAAGAUUCACACCUAUGCUACCAAGGCUGCUAUGGUUCGUCUGCCUGUUGGGAGACAUAUGCUGCUCUUCAGCGCAUAUUCGCCAGUAGGGCAUUCCAUUCAUGUCUGCAGCAUGGUGACUUUUGUCCUUGGAGAUGAAGAUGUUGUGCUACCCAACUUUGAGCAGGAGAGCUACCGAUUUACCGAGCAGUCUCUAAUGAUUCUGAAGGCUGUGGGAAAUGUGAUUGCUAAUUUCAGAGAUAAGAGUAAACUUUCCGAAGCUCUGAAGGACCUACACAGAGCUCACUACCCUGUAGUCCUGAACAACAAAAAACUCACCGCACAGCACUUCCGCGUUUUUCAUAUAUCUUUAUGGCGUUUAAUGAAAAAAGCUCAACUAGCAAAACCUCCUUCAAACUUCAAAUUUGCAUUCCGUGCUAUGGUUUUAGACUUGGAUUCAUUCGAUUCCUCGUUGGAAGAGGCUUCUUUAGCGGAAUGGGUAGAUGUUAAAUAUUGUUUGCCAGUAAGUGAUAAAGAGAAUUCUCCUGAGGAAAUAGCAGCAGCAAUUAAAAUCCAAGCCAUGUGGAGAGGGACUUAUGUCAGAUUGCUCAUGAAAGCUAGGACACCAGACACAAAGGAAAAUGCCAGUGUUGCAGAUACUCUUCAAAAAGUUUGGGCUAUAUUGGAAAUGAAUAUAGAACAGUACGCACUUUCUCUCUUAAGACUAAUGUUUAAAAGCAAGUGCAAGUCCAUCGAAGUUUAUCCAUGCUAUCAAGAUGAAGAAACCAAGAUUGCUUUUGCUGACUAUUCUGUGACUUAUCCAGACCAGCCACCAAAUAGUUGGUUUAUAGUAUUCAGAGAAACAUUUUUGGUUCAUCAAGAUAUGAUUUUGGUUCCCAAAGUAUAUACUACACUUCCAAUCUGUGUGCUCCAUGUUGUCAAUAAUGAUACAAUGGAACAAGUGCCAAAGGUGUUCCAAAAAGUGGUGCCUUAUUUUUAUACCAAGAAUAAGAAAGGGUACACAUUUGUGGCUGAAGCAUAUACUGGUGACACAUAUGUGUCAUCCUCACGGUGGAAACUGCGCCUCAUUGGUUCUUAUAAUCCACUCCCAUGCCUCUCUCGAGACUUUCCUUGCAAUACCUUUGUCAUAAAGGAAAUCAGAGAUUACUACAUACCCAAUGAUAAGAAUAUUUUAUUCAGGUAUUCAGUUAAAGUUGCAUUACCACAUCCUGUUACAGUACAAGUACGCACGUCGAAACCAGAUGUAUUCAUCAAGCUACAGAUCCUAGAAAAUGAAGAGACUAUCGUGAGCUCAACUGGGAAAGGCCAAGCUAUAAUUCCAGCAUUUAACUUCUUGGGGAAUUUUGAAAAAGCUUUGAGCUCCCAGUCUAGCAAGCAAGUCCUUUUAAUUCAUCCUUCACCCAAGAAAGAGCAAGAAUUGUACAAUAAAAAGAAAUCUACCCAGCUUUCUCUGAAAUCCUUUAAGGGUAGACCUGGAAGUGCAAUAAUAGACAUUGGUCAGCCUAUUGUGGAAGAGGAAACUAUUAAUGUGACCACUCUGGAAGAAAAUGCUAGUACACCACAGCAGGUUUAUAAGUAUAUUAUACAGUGUUUAGUAUUGUAUAACAGUUGGCCUCUCACCGAAAGUCAACUGAUGUUUGUUCAAGUGCUAAAAGACUUAGAAAAAAAUGAUAACAAAGCUCAUGGAGAGAAACAUGAGGAAUUAAUUCCCUUGGGAAGCCCAGAUUCCCAUACAAUUAGUGAGGGACAAAAAUCAUCAGGAACAGCCAAAACAAGGAAAGGCAAAGAAAGGUCUUCUGAGAAAGAAAAGACAGCCAAAGAAAAACAAACACCUCGCUUUGAGCCUCAGAUGUCUACUGUUCACUCUCAACAAGAAGAUCCAAAUAAGCCCUACUGGAUUUUGAGGUUGGUCACUGAACACAGUGAAGCAGACUUAUUUGAAGUGAAAAAAGAUACAGAACGAGCAGAUGAAAUCCGAGCCAUGAAGCAAGCCUGGGAGACGGCCGAGCCGGGAAGGGCAAUCAAGGCUUCUCAGGCUCGUCUGCGAUACCUCAGCCGGUUCUUUAAGAAACCAUCUGAAGCCGAGACUGCGCCUCUGCCUUCGUCAGAGAGCCAGACGAAAGCCGUGGAAGAAGAAACAUUUGCAAGUUUCACAAAAGAGCCAGAAAUAAAGAGUUCUGGGAGCUUAGAGACCAAAGAGUCAACACGAUCAGUGAGCAUGCUGUGGAAGAAGUGGCAGUUGGCCAAGGGCUUAAGGGAUCUGGCAAAAUCGGCAAGCAGUGACUCUGGAGGAGCAGCGGUGGCAGUCAAAGAAGAGCGGGAACAGGCCACGCGGAAGGAGACCAUCCGACUUUUUUUUUAAACAGGGCCUCCUUCACGAUCCCCAACAAUUUUGGAAACAUCUCCACAACUUAUUCGAAAAGAGCUAGAAUGUGUAGACUUAAGUCAAUAUAUACGGAAAACAAACACCGAGCCUCUGCUGCAAACAGAGGAACUGAAUCAGCAGCAGGUAAUGCAAAAAGCUGAGGAGGUUCAUCAGUUUCGACAAUAUAGGACCCGACUCCUUAGCAUUCGAGACAUUGACCAAGAAGAACGGUUUAAAUUAAAGGAUAAAGUCCUGGAGAUAUAUGGGGAAAUGCGGGACUCCUUAGAUGAAGCCCGACAGAAGAUCUUCAACAUCCGAGAGGAAUAUAGAAACAAGUUACUGGAAGCCGAGCGCCUAAGGUUGGAGGCUCUGGCUGCGGAGGAAGUAGCAGUCCGGGCAGAAACAGAAAAGAAGAUCUCGGCUCCUGACAAAGGGAAAAAAAAGAAAGAAAAGAAAAAGUAA